AUGCGCCUGGCAAAGGAAGAAGGAAGAGAAGGCAUGGAGACUCCCACCGUCACUCUGCCUGAGGAUUUGAUUGCAGAAGUUCUGUUACUGCUUCCGGUGAGGUCUCUAUUGCGUUUCAAAUGCGUGUGUAAGUCAUGGCGCUCUCUCAUUUCCGAUCCCCAAUUCGCUAAAUCCCAUUUUGACCUAGCUGCUGCACCCACCCACCGUCGUCUUCUUGAUACAGUCAAUGAUGACAAGAUUGAAUCGUUCAAUUUAGACGCAUCGGUUUAUGACCACUCUGCUAUGGCGCGCCUGCACCUCCGAAUUCCACACCAUCUUUUUUUUCGCACUUGGGGUUCUUGCAAAGGCUUCAUACUUGUACACGAUUUCAGGGAUGAUGUUAUGAUUGUGUGGAAUCCAUCAACUGGUACCCGCCUACAAUUUCCAUGUUCUCAUACUUGGGACGAAUCACAGGUAAUUGGUUAUGGUAUUGGGUAUUAUGAAUCAACAAAUGACUACCUCAUAGUUCAAAUUGGAUUGGGGUUUCUUCAAGGUGAACAAUACUGGCUUCCUGCACUUGAUGUUUUCUCGUUGAGAACAAAAGUGUCAUGCUUCAUAUGGGGUAGUAGUAGCAGUAGUAGUACUGAGGAGUCUAGAGAGGUUAAAGUAAUUCUUGCCUUUAAUUUGAUAGAUAGGAGUUUAGCAGAGAUUCCGGUGCCACAUGAUACACUUGACUUGGAAUCUGAUUAUCUAACAGUAAUGGGAGGAUGCCCCAGUCUGUGUUGUGAAAGUGGGGAUGGAAAUCAAAUGGGUCAGAUAUGGAUCAUGGAAGACUAUAAAGUACACUCUUCCUGGACUAAAGCUUUUGAUACGCCUCUUGAUAACUAUCCUUACGGCUACUUUGCCCCGACAUACUUCACUAAAGGUGGUGGUGCAUGUUUUGGGAGCAUGUCUCGAUGA